AUGAAUGAGGACGCGAAGGAAUUACUACACUGGAUCCGUAAAUGGGGCCCUAUCAAUAACAGUCUUCUUCACUUGGCCAAUAACUCCCAUGUACUAUACCCGUUUGCAGUUUCUAUUAGCAACGGGGGUGCGGUGUCUUCGUCUGCCCCCUCACUGGUUGGGAAACAGAGCAGUGCUGCUGUAAUAGGACAAGGGGGAGCUGAAGGGGGCGUGAGGGAGGCGGCGGAAGCUGCUGCAGAGGGGGUCGCAGCUGCCUUUACCGAGGCGACAGACAGUAGCAACAUAGUGGUGAUGUACGCGCUUGUGUAUGAUAUGCUUUCUACUUUUGGAAAAGUGGGGUUUUGGUCGAACGUUGUCAUUUUAGAGCAGCUGCUUGCUUCGUCAGUUUCUGCGUGGGUGAUGCGGUUGUGUGCGAGCAGCGGCGAUCGUCUCCAUGCGUGUCCGGCACCAUUGAUUGAAGAGCUGAAGCCGCGGUGGAUCUGGUGGGAAUCCCGUGAAUUGAGCGAGGUUUGGGAAGAGGCGUUGGAAACCAACAGCAGGCCGUGGAUAACGCUAACGGGGGUAACUAUGGUGGAUGCAGAGGCGGGUAAAAAGCGCACUCAGGUGCGAUCAGUCACAGUGACGUCAGACACUGUGACGCAUGAGAGGAAGCGGCUGCAUGAAGACGACGGUGCGGAAUGCAACCCGAAAACAAAGACCCACAUAGAGGUGGAGACAAAAAAGUGGGAAGCAGAAGCAGAGGAAAUAUUAGCUCUACAUAGUCUUGUCACUUUUGCCUUACACUAUCAUCGAAUGCGGUGGAUUCUGCGGGUUGUAUUUUUGCGCGUGGAUGUUGAGAUGAACGACAUCGCGUGGCACAUUAUGCGAAGCUGUGUUCUGUCAACACUGAACUACAACAGUGCCAUGAUACAGACUGUCUUGCACCGCACCUUUGAGCAUUGUGUGAAUAACCCUCAGGGUCGUGAUGGCUCUGCGGCAGCGGAACUUUCUCAGGCAGUUGCACAGGAGUGCUUUGAUGCCGUUUCCUCACCCUCAGCGUCAUUGGAUACAUUGAGGUGUUUAAGGGACAGUGAUAUAUUUCUAGUCUGUCGAGUAUUAUUGAUGUUGGAUGAGUGUCGUGCGCAGGAGAUUACCCGUCUUGUUACUGAUCGGGUCGUUCUGUUCAAUGAACAGCACGGCUGUGAACUGGCGCACAAGAAUUUGAGGCCUUUGUUAGUGUCCAAGGGAACUGGCACAUGUGACAAGGCGCCAACGCUUCAGGAUGCCUUUGGAGCGUUACAAAACUGCCUGAACGCCUUCAUGCGGCUGCGUACCUCCAUGAUGAUCUACUUUGGUGGCAGGGCACAUUAUGCAGAUCAGUUGUCGGUGCUCGGGCGUGAUUGUUUUUUACAGGCUGAGCAUGCAUUUUUUGUUGGCUUUUGUAAAGGCGUUGUUUUUCUUAAAUUUGUCGAUGCCUGGGCUCUGCCACUCUGGCUGUGUGCAUGCAAGGAGGAGCAUGAUCUGUGGCUGUCAUCUACUACUGCCCAUGCCGCACGGUGGCACAGCAUAAACGAGUUUGCUGAAGACUUAGACGGCUUCACUGGUUGCUGCUCCUACAGUAAGGCGUUUUGGCAGGUGGGUGGGGCAGAACCUAGCAGCAACAGCUACACUACCUGGAAUGGUGGCUUGCCGCGGAGGCCGGGGCUUGCGACACUGAUCUUCUUUCUUAAUCCCGAGCCGAAAGUACUCUCUGAGUUUGAAGCAUGUUUUGCGGCAGCUGUGCGUCGAUACUUUGAAGAACUUCUGGAGAAGUCGCACACAACUGGAACGUCGCUGCGGGCUCUUCCGCGUGAUGUCUAUCAGCACUGUGUAUUUCUUCUCAGGCUUACAAAUCAGCUGUUGGAGCCGUCCGCCUCCGCUGGUUGUGCGGGGGCCCACACAGCACUGCGGGCGGUGCAGAAGGGCAUGCAAAACUUCUUUUUGGAACGUGAAUCGUGUGUCAUAGUCACCUUGGCAAGUGCCCUUCAUGAGCAAGUGACGAGGGGGAAUUCUCAUUGGGGUGCAAGCGAUGACGGCGGCACAUACCUCGAGGUUCUUGACACCAUUCUGGAGCUCGCCUCCCUUCUUCACUCGAAGGAUCUUUUUGUGAACUGUUAUUGUGGUUUGCUGGCGCCGCGGCUUAUGAUGUCGCAGCAAAUCCUUGACGUUGGAUAUGGAUACUGA